AUGCACGUCGGGUCAGCGAUGAAUGCGAAUAGAUUCUUGAAGGAACCCUCAAAUGACUGCUUUGUGUAUCGCAAGGUGAAUGGUACAGUGAGGGACUGGUAUCAUAGUGAAUGUGUUAUCGGAAAUACUUGUUGCUUUUCAGCUAUCACAUUGGACUUAUCCGGGCAUUUUUCAUAUGAAGCAGGCGGUUGUCAAGAUGACUUCUUGUCAUUCAUACGCCAGAACUCAGGUAUUGAAGCUCAUCCUCUUGAUUAUGUACCCUUUAUAGGAGCGUUCAGUGAAGAAAGAAUCCAAGAGUACUGCGAAUUUGAAAUGUGCCUAGCAAGUACGUCACCCAACAGUCAUUGGCGUAUUUGUGCAUGCCAUGAAGAUCAGUGCAAUAGAGGUGGUGUUAAUGAUAUGUUAAGAAAAUUUAUGUUGAAGAAACCUCAUGAAACAAGUACUCUCUCCUUCCAGUUAUUUGAUAAGACUUUAGAAAUAUUACUCGAUGGUUAA